AUGCAAAACCCACUCUCGUAUCAAUGGAUGACGAACAAUAACAAAUCGAUCAGACUGCUGUCAUCAUUCCUCGGAUUCUUCGAUAUCAAACUCGGAGUCACGAUCAUCUGUCUGAUCUCCCUGCUUAACAAAGUCGUCGGCUUCUACGGUAUCUUGGCCAUCUUUCAUGGCGCUAACCUCAUUCAAAUCUCAAUGUAUUUGUACAACAUUCUGACGAUCGGUUUGGUAAUUUAUGGACUACAAGCAACGGGUGAAGAGAACCCAAGACGAACAUUUAUCUACGCCAAUUCUCUGCUUUUAGAUCAUCUGAUUUCAACCCUCUAUCUGGUCUACUUUGGCGUCGAGUGGUACUUCAAAAACCCUCAUGAUGGCCGAAGAGAGGCCCAUGGAGACGCACAAAAAAAUAUGAUGAAUCCGGACGCGCCUAUGCUAUCACCCGAACUGAGGAAACAUGCCGCUCAAGCGAUCUGGAAAGAGGAGCAAGGAUUCGCCAGUGCGAUUUUAGGGCUAGUAUGGCUGACGAAAUUAUACUUUAUCUUUGUCGUUUAUUCAUUUGCGCUCCAUCUACGUCGAGGCACUUACACCGCUCUACCACUCUCUCGGCCCCCAUCAACGAUAUCCACUUCCUCCCGACUACGAGCCGUCUCACGUACCCUCAACCCCAACUCCUCAAGUGCUGAACUUGGCGUGAAUCCUAGCAAAUUCUCUUGA